ACACUCUCCAUACUUGCAACACACUCACUCUGCUGCAUAACGUGAAUACGUUAAUCACGUGAUCUUCUCCCCCCAUACCUCCACCCCCCCCCCUUUCUCUCUCUACCUUUCUCUCUCUACCCCUCAUCUGCACUUGAUCCAAUUAACAACACCAGUACACUUUUCAACAGCUAAAUCUUUAACAAACCCCAUUAUUUCACUUCGUCAGCAGUAAUUCAAGGUGGGUGUGGAUCAAGUUUCAAUCUUUUCCGAAGAAUCUUCCGAUAAUGAAGGCUAAAUCGCAAAUCUUGAAUCCCCCUCUUGUCGCUUUUGAACAUAAAAGAGACACGUACGGUUUUGCAGUGAGACCUCAACAUGUACAGAGAUACCGUGAAUACGCAACUAUCUACAAGGAGGAAGAGGAAGAACGGUCAGAUAGGUGGAAGGACUUUCUAGAACGCCCGUCAGAGUUCGUUCAGUUGCCCGUAAAUGGCACGCCUUCCGAGGAACACAAGGCAGCUUCACCUGACGGUGACUCCGAGAAGGGUCAGGAAGGAGACGAUUCAAAAGAACCUGAAGCGCAAACGACGACUCAUCAGGCCCAAAUAUGGGCUCAGAUUCGGCCAUCACUACGAGCCAUUGAGGAUAUGAUGAAUGCCCGUGUUAAGAAAAAGAUUAUUGCGACGAAAAUAGAGCAAGAUGUUGGAGCCGAAGAGGAUUCCGAGGAUGAGUUUUAUGAUAUGGAAAGGUCGGAAUCAGAUCCGAUUCCCGAGGUCCCGUCAAGUGUUGGUGUCGGUGUUACAACUCCAGGUGCCGAUAGCAAUCCCGAUGUCUCAUUGGAAUCUUCGGUUCUUUGGAAACAGGAGUUGGAGUUUCUUGUUCAAGGGGGAGUGCCAAUGGCUCUCAGGGGAGAGCUUUGGCAAGCUUUUGUCGGUGUGAAAGCUCGACACAUCAAGAAUUAUUAUCAGAAUCUUCUACUUCCUAAUAGUAACAACGAUGACCAUCAAAAAUCAGAAGUCGAAGAAGCAAAUAACAAGUCAACGGUUGACUCUGUAGAUGUACCUGAAAAAUGGAAAUUGCAGAUUGAGAAGGAUUUGCCUAGGACUUUUCCCGGUCAUCCUGCUCUGGACGAGGGUGGUAGAAACGCUUUGAGACGUUUACUCACGGCAUACGCUCGCCAUAACCCGUCUGUCGGUUACUGCCAAGCCAUGAAUUUCUUCGCGGGUUUAUUAUUGCUUCUAAUGCCAGAAGAAAAUGCCUUUUGGGCCUUAUUGGGUAUUCUCGAUGAUUACUUUGAGGGCUAUUAUUCGGAGGAAAUGAUAGAGUCUCAGGUUGAUCAACUUGUUUUCGAGGAGUUGGUGCGUGAAAGAUUUCCUAAAUUAGUUAACCAUCUUGACUAUCUCGGAGUCCAGAUAGCCUGGGUUUCCGGACCAUGGUUCCUUUCGAUAUUUAUGAAUAUGCUUCCUUGGGAAAGUGUUCUUCGUGUCUGGGAUGUAUUGCUAUUUCAAGGGAAUCGUGUCAUGCUCUUUCGAACGGCGCUUGCUCUAAUGGAGUUAUAUGGACCUGCAUUAGUGACAACAAAAGACGCCGGAGAUGCGGUUACACUGCUGCAGUCACUAGCUGGAUCAACGUUCGAUAGUAGUCAACUUGUGUUGACCGCGUGCAUGGGUUAUCAAAACGUCAACGAGGAGAGACUACAAGCGUUAAGAAACAAACAUCGACCGGCUGUCGAAGCCGCUCUUGAAGAAAGAUCGAAAGGACUAAAUAUGUGGCGGGAUUCCCAAGGUUUGGCAUCGAAAUUCCAUGGCUUCAAAGAAAAUAAAAUAACGAAUGGCGGAUUAUCGCGAAUGAGUUCCGAAUCUUCUAGUGUGGAUGAGUUGUGCUUGGGUGUGUCGGGGGACGUCGAGGUUAAUUCUGUUCCUGAUCUUCAAGAGCAGGUGGCACGGCUGAAGAGUGAGCUGUGUAAAGUACUAGAGGAGAAGAGAUCUGCUAUAAUCAGAGCUGAAGAGUUGGAAACUGCCUUAAUGGAGAUGGUCAAGCAGGAUAAUCGUCGGGAAUUAAGUGCAAAGGUUGAGCAAUUAGAAAGAGACGUUGCUGAACUACAACAGACCCUUGCCGAAAAACAGGAACAAGAAAACGCCAUGCUUCAGGUUUUGAUGCGGGUAGAGCAAGAACAAAAGGUAACAGAAGAUGCUCGCAGAUACGCCGAGCAGGAUGCUGCAGCUCAGAGAUACGCCAUUGAAGUGCUUCAGGAAAAAUACGAAACGGCAACCGCUUCACUUGCUGAAAUGGAGAAGAGAGUGGUUAUGGCGGAAUCAAUGUUGGAGGCAACGUUGCAAUACCAAUCUGGCCAAACCAAAGCACAGCCUUCUCCAAGAUCUACAAAAUCAGAUUCUUCAGCAAUAAGAACAAGUCAAGAACUUUCACCUGAAAUACCCGCAAGAAAGAUUAGUCUGUUAUCUAGACCAUUUGGGCUCGGGUGGCGUGACAAGAACAAGGCGGAUGCAAAGGUUACAAGUGAGGAACAAAGCCCAAAACCUGUGGAAAAACUUUCGGAGAAACCAACGAAAGAGCGGGCCAAUGUUGAGGUAAUCGAUGAUGAACGAAAUGCGAAAGAUGAGGAAAAUGUUGAUCAAAUGGAGAAUGUGUCAUUGGAUGAUGAUGGUAAGUAGAGGAAAAUGUAUCUAAAAGUUGAGGAAAUAUUGGUUUUGAGAGAAGCAUAGAUGAGUAGUAUUUUUGUUUUCUUUGAUACAGUUUCUAUAACUUAUAUAUAUAGCUCAUUAGUCAUUUGUUUGUUUAGUUAUUCAUAAAACCCUAGUUUGUUUGAAAGAAAAUGUAAAAAGAAAUUUGGUAAUUAUGGUAUUUAUAUUUUUGCUAA